AUGGCUAGCAACAGCCUUGAUGAGGCAGAACUGCUUCAACUCGCCCCACAAGCUUUACUCGCUGUGGCACGGGUGGCAACCGAGAUUGGUGCCAAAAGGAGGGACCGCCAUUUUGGAACUCUGGGAGCUGAACUGGCGGUCCUCUCCCAAGACCUGGAGACCUACGACUCCCCUCUGCAAAAGGAGAAGAUCAGGAGCAGGAUAAGGAAACUCCUAGUGGCGGUCGAACGAGCUUGCGCCUGGCCACGAACAGAGCCCACCCAAGACUUUUCUCUUCUUGAAAGGCUUGGAGGCCUUUCGCAAUCCGAUCAGCAAACUCUGAGAUAUGUGGAGCGGGGAUUGGUGGCAUACGCCUCUGAUAAGCAGCUCCAAAGACUCAUCCAGCUGAUCAAAGGCUUUACCAGUAGCCUGGACAAGGCGCGAAGGGAUCAGAUUCCGGAUUCGACCCCUGCCACAAAGGUUCUUGAUAAAGCGCUCUAUGAUAGCGAGUAUCCGAAGCAUGUCAAACAGCAGCUUUAUCAGACCCUCCGGAAGUAUGCAAAGUGCGACUGCCUGGUCGAGGCGAAUGACCCAGAUGAUGUCGGGUGGUAUAAGAAGCACAUGUCCAACUUGCGUCUGAGGCCUUGCCGAGACCUUGAGGCGGGGGUUGUUUGGUUUGAUAUGCUGUUCUCAUCACAACCAGCAGUGACACCUCUUCUCGAACAUCUUGGGUGGCAGCAUUUGAAAAUCCAAGUCUCCAGUGAAAAGGAAGGAGGGAAAUCAACCCCCCUCUGUUCCCCCAACAAUUCCUCGGGUCUUUCUGAGCCAAAGACCACUGCGAUCAUGGAAACCGAGUUCUGCAGAUACCUACAACGCCCUUCUGGCUCGCAGAUCUGCCUACGAGUGCACAAAAGCCAGUUGUUGCUGCUUCAGAACUGCCUACCUUUGGAAGCGAAGAUACUCCCAUACCAGUCCUUGUCGCUUUCGGAAACACUGCAGGUCAGAUACAUGUCCAAUAAGAUGAAGGUCAUUCUCGCCUACAUCAUUGCAAGAUCUGUGUGGGAAUUUUACGAUUCGGAUUGGAUGUCGAGACUCUGGAGCGCCGACGACAUUCAGUUUAUGCAGGAGCCGCCGCAAGAGAGUGAAAGCGAAACCCUGAUAUUCAUCAAUAGACCAUAUUUAUCCGUUCGGUGGGGAACUCCGGAGCAUGGUCCCAGCGAGUCUACCGCCAGUAUCGGGCAGAUCCAUCGCUUUCCGAGGAUUUUGUCACUAGGCCUGAUGAUGGUUGAGAUUGGCGCUGGAAAGCCCCUCAAAGAACUGUUUGCAAAACAUCAGGAUAAUGUCAACGCGGAUUGGCUAGCUGCGCAAGAAUUCUUGUCCAAAGCCAAGCCUUGUGAUGACUUUGAUUACAGAAGAUACUGGGACGCUGCCCGAAGUUGUAUCUGCAAUCAGUUCUUCAUCAUGGGUUCCGCGUCAAACAUCGUGAGCCAGUCAUUGACAGAUAUCGAUGGUAGGCGCAGGAUGAUCCUGGAUGAAGUUGUGCGGCCAUUGGAAGACCUUCUUGGUGGCACUGGCUGGAUAGAUGAGCUCAGGACGGUCGAACCGACAAAGUCACUGACCUCCAGUUUGCCAAUGGAGAAACGACAAGUGUCCACUAAUAGUACUAAUGCGCAGUCCGACCUAGCAGGCAUCUUGGAAAAACACAACGUUAGCCAUUCGGCAUCUCAACAACGUUCUCGUGGCGGAUUGCGCUUCGAGGUUGCAAUUGUCUGUGCUCUUCCCCUCGAGGCAGAUGCGGUUAUCUCAUUAUUUGACGCGCACUUGGACGAGAAUGAUGGAUUCUGCGGCAAGGCUGCUAAAGAUCUUAAUGAAUACACUGCCGGCCGCAUAGGUCGGCACAACAUCGUCGUCGUCCACAUGCGGGACAUGGGUAAGGUCAACGCCGCUAGCGUUGUCCACGGUCUUCGCACAAGUUUCGAGCAUAUCCAGCUUGCAAUAGUCGUGGGCAUCUGCGGCGGAGUUCCUUAUGACUCACGUAGCAAGGAAGAUAUCUUCCUGGGAGAUGUCAUCAUAAGUCGCUCACUCAUACAAUACGACUUUGGAAGGCAGCAUACAGGCGACUUUGUCGCCAAGGACAGCCUUCAAGGCGGCUCGGGAGGACAAGCUGUGGAAGUCGGAUCCAUGCUAUCAAAACUGGAAACACAAUAUCACCGGGAUCGAUUCGAAUUGGACACGGAACACUUCCUAGAGACUCUGCAGCGGAAGUCCAGAAAGGCAAGGUAUCUCGGGGCGGAAGCAGACUGUCUAUUUAAGUCCUCUGCGUUGCAUAAACACCACCAAAUAGGAUACUGUCCAAUGUGCGCAUCCUCAAAAGCGACUCGUAUCUGCGAAGAUGCCGUUGCUGGCAGUUGCGAAGAGAUUGGGUGUGUGAGGGACGACUUCGUCAGGCGGAUCAGACGUGAAGGGAAUCUUCGAAACGACAACGGCCCCCCGAGGCAACACUUUGCACCAUCAGUCCAUAUCGGCAGAAUAGGGUCCGGUGACACUGUGAUGAAGUCGGCUACGCAUAGAGACGAAAUUGCUCGCAGACAUGGGGUUAUCGGGUUUGAGAUGGAAGGCGCUGGCAUUUGGGACUUCUUCCCAAGCCUGGUCAUCAAGGCUGUUUGUGACUACGCCGACAGCCACAAAAACAAAGAGUGGCAAAACUAUGCUGCCGCUACAGCUGCAGCUGCCACAAAAGCCUUUCUCAAACAAUGGAGGUCGGAUAUCGAGCCCAGCUCGGAAUGAAAUAGUAUGCACGUUCUUUCAGCUGCCGAUGCACUAGCACCACGUCAGGUGGUCACAAAGAAGAGGAUGAGCGGCAGUACCUCCGAGCAAAUAUCCAAUACUUGAACAGACACCUUGCAGGUUUCAGCCAGUGAGACGAGAGCAAUACGGGUUGGUAGUAGAUGUUCAGUGUUCUAGCAACGUAAGCCGUUCCGUCUGGGGGCCAAU